CCUACCACAACUGAAGAAACAACUGCAACUACGACAACGUCGCCAGAAACAACAACUACACUAACAACUAUAACUACAACUACAUUAAUAACCAUCACCACAACACCUAUACCAGAAACUACAACGGAAAGCACAACUCCACCAACCACUACAACUACUGUAAUUCCUACAACAACUGAAACAACAACUGUAACUAUGACAACAUCGCCAGAAACUACAACUACACUAACAACGUUUACUACAACAUCUGCGCCAGAAACUACAAUCAAAAGUCCAACUCCGCCAACUACAACAACAACUGUAGUUCCCACGACAACUGAAGAAACAACUGUAACUACAACGACGUCGCCAGAAACUACAACUGCACCAACAACUAUUACUACAACACCUACGCCAGAAACUACAACGGAAA